GGACCGACAUGGCGAGCAGGAGAGUGGGCUUCUGCCUGAGCGUAAAGAAACGGCGGAGGAUGAACCUGAGCGCGUUCGCUCACCUGUGCGCAGGCAGAGGUAUUGAGGUGGUUGAGAUAGACCUGAGUCGGCCAAUAGAGUCUCAGGGCCCGUUCGACAUCAUCGUACACAAGCUCUCUGAUGUGAUUGUAGAGGCAGAGCAUGACAGCCAAUCACAACAGUUUCUAGACAAGUUCCAGACUUACGUGUCCAAACACCCUCACAUUGUCCUGCUGGAUCCACUGCCCGCUAUGAAACAGUUACUGGACCGCUUUGCCUCAUACCGUAUUAUCAGCAAACUUCAGAACGCACUGAGAGGAAAGAGUAUCAGCUGCCCACCGUAUCUAGAAAUUAACACCACCGACAUGUCAGCCAUCCAUGAAGCAGUGGACAGGAAGCAGCUCACUUACCCUUUAAUCUGUAAAACCAGGGUGGCUCAUGGAUCUCGCUCACAUGAGAUGUCUAUAAUCUUCAGUCAAGCCAGUCUUACAGACGUACGUCCCCCCUGCGUCCUCCAGAGUUUUGUGAAUCACGGUGCUGUACUGCACAAAGUGUUUGUUGUGGGCGAGCAACACUUCAUCGUGGAACGGCCAUCGCUCAAGAACUUCCCCACUGGACCCUACGACAGGAAAACCAUUUUCUUUAACAGUCAUGAGGUGUCCAAACCUGAGUCCUGCUCUCAUCUAACUACAGUGGAUGAGACGAUGCCUCGAGUCCCUGCCCCGAGUGAUGAUGCGAUGGUUGCCAUGGUGAAGGAGUUGAGGGCGGAGCUUGGAAUGGCUUUGUUUGGAGUGGACGUCAUUAUGAACAUAGACACGCACACACUCACCAUCAUCGACAUUAACAUAUUCCCUGGUUACGAGGGUGUUCCUCAGUUCUUCAACUCUCUCCUCAGUCACAUUGAAUACCUGCUGGACACGUCACAUGAUACGAAACAUCGAACUACCGCUAAUCCAUGAUCCUUUAGCAAGUGUAAUAUCAUGCUACCUGGAAGUGCAAGUUCGUUAUACUUGCUGUAAUGAAUACGUUUCAAAGGAAUAGUUUUACUCCACAAACUUAACCCAGGCUACAGCCACAGUUUCAUACAAAACAGGCAGAAUAAAGUAUGUUUACGUGUGUACCAUACAGGGCAUGCGUGAAUAAAUUUCUAACAAAUCUGGGGAGGAAUCCACCUGUCAUGAAAAAACCAACAUUAAUAUCCACAUGUCUAUGAUGACAAACAGAUCUAGAAGAUUCUGCGAUGAUUCCCUUCAGUGUCCUCUC